AUGGAUGGAGGCGACGCAGCGAGGGACAGUGGCGCGGCCAAGGCCACGGCCGUGCUGCGCUCGCGGAGCGCUGGGCUGCAGUUUCCUGGGGGCCGCAUCCACAGGCAUCUGAAGACGCGCACUACCUGCCACGGACGAGCGGGUGCCGCCGCCGCCGUCUACACUGCUGCAAUCCCGGAGUACCUCACCGCCGAGCUCGCCAUCCGCAGAGACGAAGAGUUGGAUUGCCUCAUCAAGGCUGGCCGUGGUGUGAUUCCUCACAUCCACAAAUCUCUGAUUGGAAAGAAGGGACAGCAGAAAAAUCACUACCGCCAAGCCAUCGUGGAACGCGAUGAGGAUGGAAAGCUAGAGUUCCUGGAGACCUCUGGCUUCCGGGAGCGCAGGCUCCUUGUGCCUCCCUGCUCGCGGCAGCAGGGAGCGCGGCUCUCCACCUUGUCCUCUGCAGGGCUCCCUCUAGGAGAUGCGCCAGUGGCCGAGGAAGUGGCCAAGGGAAGGACCUGGGCGCUGGUCUAG